CGCGUCGUCGACGCGUUCAGCAAGGCCACCAUGGUCUAUAUCAAAUCCCUCACCAUUCAAGGUCUCAAGUCCUACCGUGAUCAAACACAAAUUGAACCCUUCUCCCCUCGUCACAAUGUUGUUGUCGGCAGAAAUGGCUCUGGCAAGAGUAAUUUCUUCGCUGCUAUUCGUUUCGUCCUUUCGGAUGCAUAUACAUCUCUAACUCGAGAGGAGCGGCAAGCACUUCUUCAUGAAGGCGUUUCCACUACGUCGACUCUCUCAGCCUAUGUCGAGAUCAUAUUCGACAAUUCCGACAAUCGGUUCCCAACGGGACAUGACGAACUUAUCCUCCGCCGCACAAUUGGCAUCAAGAAAGAUGAAUAUUCUCUCGACAAGAAGAGUGCCAACAAGGCAGAAGUUAUGAACCUCCUCGAAAGUGCAGGCUUCAGCAAAUCGAAUCCAUACUAUAUUGUUCCCCAGGGUCGGAUUACCGCCCUGACCAAUGCAAAAGACACAGAGCGACUCGCACUACUAAAAGAAGUAGCUGGAACAAAGGUUUACGAACAACGGCGAACAGAAUCACUGAGGAUUAUGAGCGAAACUGACGCGAAGCGCACCAAGAUUAAUGAACUUCUCGACUACAUCAACUCGCGUCUGACAGAACUGGAAGAGGAGAAAGAAGAGCUCAAGGAGUUCCAGGAAAAGGACAAAGAUCGGCGGUGUCUCGAGUAUGCAUUAUUUCAGCGCGAGCUCGAAGAGGUGGGGGAGGCUUUGGAGGACAUUGAACAAGAGCGACGCGCAGAGGUUCACGGGGCUAAUCAAAGGAGAGAAAAGUUUAACGAGCGGGAGAAAGAGAUCCAAGAUGUGGAACAAUCCAUUUCCGACACCAAGCAUUCGCUCGAGACCAUAACUUCCACGCGACAAGACACGCAAGACGAGCUUACAGAGCUCAUCGGUGCACGAACAGAGUUGGAUUGCACUGUCAAAGACUUGCAAAGUGCUGGCGCUCGAGCUGGUGGUCGGCAGCAGGGUUAUGAGUCUGAGCUGAGUCAGGUAGAAGAACAAAUCAAGGCUAGGGAGGGGACACUGAGUGCCUUGCUACCGGAUUGGGAGUCUACUCGUGCUAAAGAGGCUUCUGAGCGACGUGCUCAUGACGACGCCAAUACCAAACUCGAGGCGUUAUUCGCCAAACGAGGUCGUGGUGCCAAGUUCCGCACCAAGUCUGAACGCGACGCAUAUCUUAGGCAAGAAAUUACCUCCAUGGACGCCUACAAGACGACACAAGGCGCAGCUGUACAGACCACCAAGUCUGAGCUUCAACAAACCCAAAAGACUCUGAGCGAAGUCGAAACUCAAAUCUCGGGCAUCCAGAAUAAAAUCGAUGAUGGCCGACAAAAAGUCAAAGACCUCGGAGACGAUAUCAAUCGUCUCAAGGAACAAAAGGCGGAUUUGGUGGAAAAGAGAAAAGAUCUUUGGCGAGAGGACUCCAAGCUUGAUAAAAUGGUCACACGUGCUGUAACCGAGCUCAAGAGCGCAGAAAGAGUCCUUGCUGGGAUGAUGGACAAGGAUACUGGAGUCGGUUUAGGAGCUGUCGAUAAGAUUGCUGAACGCAACAAUAUUCCAGGCGUCUACGGCCCGCUCUAUCGACUCUUUGAAAUCACGGAUCAAAAGUACAAUAUUGCAAUCGAAUUGACCGCAGGAAACAGCCUUUUUCAUGUUGUAGUCGACAAUGACGAGACGGCUUCAAAAGUACUCGAGAUAAUGUUGAAGGAGAAGACGGGUCGCGUCACCUUCAUGCCUCUGAACCGUCUGAAGCCCACCAGAGUAAACAUGCCGAAUGCUCAAGAUGCCAUCCCCAUCUUGAGCAAGAUGGAAUAUGACCCAAAACAUGACAAGGCGUUCCAGCAAGUAUUCGGCAAGACUUGUGUUUGUCGAGAUCUCCACAUCGCCGCAGAAUAUGUGAAAACCCAUUCCAUCAACACCAUCACGCUUGACGGAGACAGGGUGGACCGCAAAGGUGCACUUACAGGCGGAUAUCAUGACGUGAAACGCUCUCGUAUUGAGGCCAUAAAAAAUGUUACCACUUGGCGCAGCAAAUGGGAGGCGGAAGACACCCGCUCACGCGAAGUCAAGGCCUCGGUGCUGAAAAUGGACCAAGAGAUUGCACAGUUCGAUGGCCGCAUUCAAGUCCUUGACCAGCAAAUAAAGCAAACCCGCGAGUCGCGCGAGCGGUUGUUGGAGGAGGGAACAACGUUGACAAAACAGAAGGAGAAACUCAAGGAUCGCAUUGCCAAGCUGGAACGAGAUGAACAGGAACUCGAAGUAGAGUUGAGUGGUUUAGAUGCUAAACUAGCUGGAUAUCAGCAAGAACUGCAAAGCCCCCUGACAAAAGGCCUGACGGACGAGGAAGAAGAGGCGGUCAUCGCUCUCAGCGAAGAAGUCGAGAAACGGAGGAAAGAGUUGAUUGCGUUGGGAAAGAGCAAGAAUAAGUUCGAGGGCAAGAAAAAUGCCAUCGAGAUCGAACUAAACGAGCGACUCAGGCGAAGACGUGACGAGCUGAAGGCAAAAUUGGACGGAUUAGGUGAUCAUGGGGAUGAGGCGACUGCUGUUGACAAUCUGGAGUCCAAAGAACGAGAAUUGCGCACAUUGAACAAGUCCAUUCAGGCGCUGACUCAGAAAACUCAGGCAAUGGAGGAGGAGAUCGAAGGGCUGCAAGCAAGGAUGCAGAAGCUUCGAUCUUCGCGCGAGGCGCUACAGACACAACAAACAGAAGACAGCCGAAAUAUGUCUCGCCAGCAGAAGACGACAGAGCGAUACCUGGCCAAGCGACAAAUGCUAGCAGGGCGAAAGGACGAAUGCAAUAGAAACAUUCGUGAUCUUGGAGUGCUGCCUGAAGAGGCUUUCGAAAAGUACACGGGCGAAAAACUGGACCGUCUUAUGAAAAAGCUGCACACCGUCAGGGACGGUCUUCAGAAAUUCGCGCACGUCAACAAAAAGGCGUUUGAACAGUACAGCAACUUCACCAAGCAGCGAGAUCAACUUCUGCAACGCCGCGAGGACCUGGAUAAAUCUGCUGAGUCGAUCGAGGAGCUCGUCCAAGUCUUGGACCAACGGAAAGACGAGGCAAUCGAGCGCACUUUCAAACAAGUUGCUAGCAAUUUUGAAGAAGUGUUUGAGAAACUCGUACCCGCUGGUCGUGGACGGCUUAUCAUUCAACGACGCAUUGACCAGGAUGAAGAAGUGGACGAGGACGUGGAAGAAACGCAACAGAGUACCAUUGACAACUAUACUGGCGUUUCUAUCAAGGUUUCCUUCAACUCGAAAGUAGACGAGGGACUCCGGAUACAACAGCUCUCUGGUGGUCAGAAAUCGCUCGUUGCUCUCGCGACAGUCUUUGCGAUCCAAAAGUGUGACCCGGCUCCAUUCUACCUAUUUGACGAGAUCGAUGCUAAUCUGGACGCUCAAUACCGGACAGCAGUUGCUGCCAUGAUCAAAUCACUCGCAUCGAGUGCCCAGUUUAUUACGACCACUUUCAGGCCAGAAAUGCUUGUUACUGCGGACAAAUUCUACGGAGUUUUAUUCAACAACCAGAAGGUUUCGUCCAUUCGCGCUAUCAAACGGGAAGAAGCAAUGGAAUUUGUCGACCAAGAGGCUCAAGCUCAAUAA